AUGCCAGAUUUGGAAAUCAACGGUGUUGUUGAAAUGGAGAAUGGCGUUGGAAGAUCAGACAGUUUGAAAGCCGAGGAGGCCAAUGCUCUCCGUGAAUGGGAUCCAAAACAUCUUCUCAAAGCUCUCUACGAAAUAUCGUAUGAGCCAAGAGUAGAGACUAAACGGAACCGUUUCAUAACCAUGGAAGGUCAUGUUGAGGUCCCAGCUGACGAAGUGACAAAAGCAGACGGUUUGGACAACGAAGGAUGGAUGAAACAGUACAUAAGAAUGAAGGAAGGACGGCUUCAGAUCUUUGCUACUCACUACGCCGGUGAAGCUCCAGCUCAGGAACUGAUCCUUUCGGGAGCAGAUGUAGAUGCAAAUAAGGAUGAGAGAACUUUGACGAUUCACGGAGGAAGGGAACAUGUCAAAUACUACUGCAGAGUUCCAUCAGCAGUGUUUGACAAAUGGCGACAAUCCUUCCUUUCCCACUGUGCUUCUUCUCUCAUUGACGCCUACGUCAAGCCGAUUCCACGUGCCUUUCAACACUUGACCGAAAGAGUUCUGAUCCUUGAGUUGGGAUCUUGUUCCAUUAGAGCUGGAGUUCUUACAACUGAACCAUCGCUUCCACAGUCUUUCUUCCCCGCAAUUGCAGUACGUACUGACGACGGAAAGAUAUUCGUUGGAGAGGAUGCCUAUAAACCUGAAAUUCGGCACAAUGGAGACUUUGUCCGACCGAUUUCAGCUACUGAUCCAUCAGUGGAGAGAUACUCAAUUGAAAAAGAAGUGUUGAAGGCUGUAAUCGAGAAGAUAACAAAGGAAUUGAAAGUGGAACCAUGGAAAUAUAAAGUUCUUCUUUCAAUUCCACAAAAUAUUCCAACUGUUUUGAUUGGAGAACUUCUUCAGAUUUGUUUGGAAGACGUCAAAUUUCAGGGAGCCGCAAUCACUCGACAACCGUCAUUGAUCCUUUAUGCUUAUGAUGUCACCACAGGAGUUGUCGUUGAUAUCGGAGAACGAGUCAAUAUUGUUCCGGUAAUUGACGGAUAUGUUGUAGAAUCAGCUAUUUGUUCGAUUCCCUAUGGAUCACAACAAAUGGGAGACUCAUUGAGAAGCUCAUUGAGUGCUCAUAACAAAGGAUUGUAUGCUUUCCAAAGCCCAGUAGAAAAAUUGAUCCUUAGAUUUGCAUUGGAACAGACAACAUAUAUCCCAGAAGACUAUCAGAAAGAAGAAAAGUCUGAGAACAAAGAAGCACGAAUCUCACUAGAUGCAUUCACUCCGGUUCUAGGAAUGCAGACAAGAUUCGACAUCGAUAACUCCAGAUUUUUGUGCACUGAAGGUCUUUUCAAGCCAAAGAAAUGGGGACUGGACACAAAAGGACUUCAUCAGUUGAUCCAUGAAGCAAUCCUUCAGAGUCCCAUUGACAGUCGCCGAACUUUGUACAGAAAUAUAUAUUUGGCCGGUGGUGCUUCACUGAUGCCUGGAUUAGCUGAAAAGUUAGAGCACGAGCUCUCCACAGUUGUUCCAAACACAAUUCACACCCAGGUUAACAUCAGUCCGUGGCGAUACAACGCAGCUUAUCUUGGAGCACAGAUCGUCGCAUCAGCAUCCACAUUUGAAGAUUCCUGUGUCACUCUACAACAGCUACCAAAGUUCCUUGCACAACUCCAGUCAUCGUCUUUCUAA